AUGAUUAAUUUAAAUGAAGAAGAAAAAUAACAAUAAAGUAAACUCAUUAAUAUAUUUUUCCAACACGCCAAAUAAGGAUUAAUCAUAUUACUCAUGAAUAAUUUAAUUAAAGAAGACUAUUUUUUUUUACAAAUUACUCUCUAUUUAACAAUCAUUAUGCUUACUUUUAAUUUUAUUGCUGCUAUAUUUUUACUUUGCUUUAAAAGAGAUUUCCCUAGAUUAGAAUACUUUCUUAUAUACACUAUGAAUUUAUUUUUGUUUUUGACUUUGUUAGUGUAUUCAUUAAAAUUCUUUAUAGAACUUAAUAAUACAAAUAAAUAGCUAUCUGUAUAUGUCAAAACUUACAUAUUGAUAUUACUAUAAAAAGUAUUAAGUUUUUAAUAAAUUAUUAGGAAAUAGAGAUUCUUACCAUUAAAUUAUUUCCACAUGAUAUUUCAAAUAGAUAAGUUAAUUGUUUUACAUCAUUUAUUUUUGUAUUUUUGAUUCUAUUAGAUGAAGAUCCUUUGCAAUGCAAAUAAUAAUUCUCACUUUUACUUCUCUCUCAUUUAAUUAAUCAUACUUUCCAAUUAAUUUUUAACACACUUUUCAAUCUUUUGAUUUUGAAUCAAAAAAAAUCUCAAAAAGAAUUAAGAACAUUUUCAAAGUAAAUUGAUUGAUAAUACAUAUUUAGUAUUCUUCUAAUUGUUUUCUUUUUGAUUCAUAUCACAUUGUUCAUUUUUACAAUAAUAAAAAAUUUAGAAAUAAAAGAAUAAGAAUGCCCUUGUUUACAUUUUACACUUAAAUUUUAUUAGUGUUUUGCUCCAAUAAAUUUUGGUGCAUUUUCAUUUGUGAUUUUAUUGGAAUAUUAAUGGUUCAAAGGGACUCUAACAAAUUAAGAAACAAUUGAUAAAAAUAGUUAAAAUUAAAGUUCUUGUAUAAUAUUAUUAAAUUUAUUCUUAAGAUGCAGCCUCACUUUAGAAAAAUAAUGCAAUAUAAAAAGAUAGAUAAUCUGUAAAGAGUAUGAGUUCAGUAAUCAACAAUCCUAUGGAUAAUAGUGAAUGCAACUCUUAAGCACCAAAUUUUGGAAAGUAUAUUGACAAUUUUUAUAUAUUUAGAGAUGAAAAUAAAUAAUUAUAAAAAUUAGGGACGAGUUAAUUUGGUGCUUCAUAAUAUAAUUAAGGGAUGGAGCACUCUUGGGCAAAUGUUUAUCACUAAAAUCCAUUCAACUAAUAGGAUAGUAAAGAGAUCAUCAAUAAUCAAAAGAGAGAGAGCAAAUCCGUUGACGAGAGUUUUAUCAGAUAAGAAGAAUCCUAAUUGCCUGAAAACUUAUCAUAAUUAAAUAACCCAAUGGACUCAGAUAGUUAAAUUUUAAAAUGA